CUUCCUGUUAUCUCGGGGAAUAUAGCGGACGAGCGGUCGAGGAAAUUACUGAUGUAUUUAUGUAAAAUCGUCGCAUAAUUGUUUAAAAACGUGCUAUUCUGGAGCCUCCCAGGUCCAUAUUUAGGAGACGACAAUGAUCCGCUUUAUCCUCAUCCAGAACCGAGCAGGGAAGACACGACUGGCCAAGUGGUACAUGCAGUUUGAUGAUGAUGAGAAACAGAAGUUGAUUGAGGAAGUGCAUGCUGUGGUAACUGUCAGGGAUGCCAAGCACACCAACUUUGUUGAGUUCAGGAACUUCAAGAUCAUUUAUCGGCGUUAUGCUGGUCUAUACUUCUGUAUUUGUGUGGACGUGACUGAUAACAACUUGGCAUACCUCGAGGGAAUCCACAACUUUGUAGAGGUGCUGAAUGAGUAUUUCCACAAUGUGUGCGAAUUGGACCUUGUGUUCAACUUCUACAAGGUGUACACGGUGGUGGACGAGAUGUUCUUGGCAGGAGAGAUCAGAGAGACCAGUCAGACCAAGGUCCUGAAGCAGCUCCUCAUGCUCCAGUCGCUUGAGUAGAAAACAACCACUCUUCCUACCUGCCCACUAAUCUGCUGCCCUGGUACCUAAACCAACCUACUCUUUGUUCCUGUCACUCUAGAAAUGUUCCUGCCGCUUCACUUCUUACAGAACUUCAGGAGGGGGUGAAAUACAUAACAUUUUUUUUCAUAUG